UCAUUUCAACACUUUCUUUUAUUAAGUCUUGUUUGAAAACCAAAAACCAAAAUGGCAAAAGGAGGCAAAUUUACAAAGCUAAUAAAAAAACUUUCCUUCGGCAAAAGUAGCAAAACAAACGCCACAUUAUUAUCAUCGGACUCAAACACCGCCUCUUCGAGUUCAUUGGCGUCGGAUGCGUCAUUAUCAUCUGCCACCUCCGACGUCUCGGCCUGCAACCUUCAAACGGUGUACGUCGGAAAGUCGAGGAGACGGUACCUCCUACCGUCCGACGUCGUAAGCCAUCCGAUUCUCCAACAACUCUCCGGAAAAUCCACCGACGACGAUGAGAUUACGGUGGCGGGAUGUGAAGUGGUGUUGUUUGAACACUUGCUUUGGAUGUUGGAAAACGCUGAUCCUAUGCCUGAGUCUUUGGAUGAAAUUGCUCACUUCUAUGCUUGUUAAACAAAAUGAUCCUUUAGGAUCUGAGCAAAAAUACACUAUAAAAAAUUACUGUAUAGUAAUUAGUUUAGGAAUUUACUCCAAAAAAAUAUAGUAUUACUUUUAGACUUAAUGUUGCUUAUAUGAGAAUUAUAUAUACAUUAUAAUUCCACAAGAAGGCCACCUUCAAUUUUUAUAAUUUUAAUUAUUAUGGGAUAUAUGAUUUGUAUAAUCGAUCUAAU